AUGGCUGUUAUGCAAUCUUUCGAGGAGUCUACACUGCCGGGUCUCUUCUCCUGCUUUCCUGCGACAAAUCAUUAUGAUCAUACCAACGAGGUCCAGUCAACUACCGAUCAGGAGGCGUUGCGAUCCCAUCUAGAAGCUCUAUCGCAUGCGCUGUGUCAGGCUCAUCUGACUCCCGGACCAAAGAACGACGGAGUCCUGCGAGCACUCUGCUCUCCAGACUUCUGCUGGAUUAGCUCUCCAAACCACCCAUGCUACAUCGGCUAUUCGGAUAAUUUGGAAGACCAUCUUCGAAACAUCGCCAACUUCCACCGACGAAUACAGGAACAACCCGGCUUCUAUCUCGAGAGUGUGACUUACUCGGCCAGUGUGAGCAGGAACCAAAGCCAUGCCGAUGUGACGUUCUUGAUGAGGACUAUGAGCGGCUUGGCUAAGGAUAUGAGUGGACGAGAGAUUGAAUUUGGAGCUAGGGAGGGCUACUUUGUUAUGCGCUGGAGGAAGAAUGAUCAAAACGCGUGGGAAUGCUUUGCGAUUCAGAAAUUGAUGGGCGAUGGCUUGACAAUACCCUGA